CUAUGAUUUUGCUAAGCAGACACAAAGGAGGAAUAAAAUGAUUGAUAUUUGCUCCCAAUAGGUAUUAUUUCUUCAAUUGUGAUUUUGAAGGUUGGAGCUAGUCCUCCUAGGCAUUUGUACAUCAACUUCUCAGCACACCAAAAUCCCAUCCAAUCAAUUUCCAUUUGAUUCAAAUUCUUGUUAGCCCUCCAACACAUAGGAGAAUAUAAUGAUUGAUGUUGGCCCUCCAAUACUACUAAAUCAAUGACAGCCUAAGUUUUCUAAUCCAAGAUUAAAUAGUCUGAGAAUUCAACCUGACCAGCCUUAAGACAACCAACUUUAUUUUGUUCAUGUUGUAUCUCAAGGGGGGAAUAAUGAAGGAGAAUUUUCCUCUUCCUGGUAGAUAAAAUCCAGAACGAGACACAAGGAGAAAUCCCGGGCAAAAAUUACAUAAGAGGGAAAAAGGCCAAACUAUACAUCAACCCAUAAGCUAAAUUCUUCCGGCAAAUCAAUCAAGAAACAAAAGAAAGAGAUUCCUAAUAGUAUUUAUCAGAGAGAGAGAGAGAGAGAGAGAUUCCUAAUAGUAAUCCAAAAAAGGGCUCAAUAUCAAAUGUUUCGACUCCAAAAUAAAAACUACACCUCCAUUAAAGAUUCUCCUGAGGUGGAGGCUUUUGAGGGAAAUGAAUUGAACAGUGUCUUUUCUUUGCCACCUCAGGGUCAGCAAUUUCAGGGUGGUGAUCAUAUGUCACUCAACAAGCUUAUGACGCGUACAAUGAAAACGGAUCCAGGCAUGGAAAACGGGUGGACGGAUUUCGGGCAGUUCACCGGAGAUUUCGGGUUUGAGUUCGGGUUCGAGAUGAAUUAUGGCCUCUCCAAGACUACUAGCUACCCGGCAGCAGCGAUAUCGGAGGGGGCAGUUACGGCUACAGCAGUGACUGAAGCAAAACAGAGAGACUCUUCUGUCUUGCCAGAGAAGAUGAGCUUCAAGAAGAGAAAGGCUGACAAGAGCCAUAACCUCAAGGCAGUAGCAGAAGAAGAAGAUUGUAAGGAAAAAAGGAUCAGAGGAUGUACCGAACAGGGAGAGUCGAAGAUCACGGAGCAGAACAGCAACAGCGACAACGACAGCAAGAACACCAGCAACAACAAUAACAACAAGAGAGAAACAUCUGCAGAUACUUCCAAGGAGAACUCGAAGGUUUCGGAGGUUCAAAAACCUGAUUACAUUCACGUUCGUGCACGGCGUGGCCAAGCCACUGACAGCCAUAGCUUGGCCGAAAGAGUACGUUCGAAGAAAAUUAGUGAGAGAACAAAAUAUCUGCAAGAUUUAGUACCGGGAUGUAAUAAGAUCACGGGAAAGGCUGGUAUGCUUGAUGAAAUCAUCAACUAUGUUCAAUCUCUUCAAAGACAAGUAGAGAUAGAAAACAUAUUCCUAUCCAUGAAACUGGCUGCUGUAAAUCCAACACUCGACUUCAACAUCGACAAUUUUGUAGUGACAGAGGUGUUUUCAGCAUGCACAUCCAAUUUUCCAAUCGAGGUAUCAUCAGAGAUCGCUAACCCUGCCUACCUACAGUUUAAUCCAUUACAACAAGUAGUUUCGUGUAGCGGGUUGGAAAUGGGAAUAAACGCUCCUGAUAUGGCACUUCGAAGAACGAUCAGCGCCCCCGUAUCGAGCCCUGAAACAUUUCUCGAUUCGUCCUGUUUCAAACAUAUACAAUCCUCAUCGGCUUGGGAAGCCAAUUUACAUAACCUUUAUGGUGUGGAGUUUCUCCAAGGAAGAUCACCAUCAUUUCAAGCCCAGCAAUUUACAGGCUCCAAUGAAGCUAGCAAUCUGAAGAUGGAUAUCUGAAUCAAAACAUAAAUCAUAUGAUUUGUUGGAUGAGUUCAAUCCAAAUGCCUUUCUUCCUCAUUCGUUUUUUGUUUUCUAUAGCUAGUACAUAACGUGGAUAGUUGUAUGUAUACCAUCUCCGUAGAAAUAAGUAUUAUAAUGAGAAGAUACCUAUUAACCUCCUCAACAUUCUCUAGCGUGUGAUGUACUAUGGGUGUACUUUAGGUUUCAAUCGCGAUUGAUUUUUUAUUUUCUCCCUAUGAUUCUUCUGAUCACCAUUUGGACCAUUCUGUUCUCAUCAAAGUUACUACCAUAUAUCAAUUGAAUAACAAAACAAUACAAAACUACACUAGAAAAAUAAAAGUUGUGCAAUUGGGAAAUGGAAGAAUUGUAACGUGAAGAUCAAGGGGCACAAAUUGUCCUUACAAUGAAUGAAACCCAAAGGACAAUGUUAAGGCAUUCCCGUGACGGAUAGAGAACAUGAGCCAACCAGUGGACCAGAGCGGUUUCUUUUGGGACAGAAUGAGAUGUGUCUGAAUAAGACGCUGAUAAUUGGAGACAGUGAAAGAGAGCAUAUAUAAGGGGGAAUAAAUAAAGCCAAAACACACACUCUCUCUCUCUCCAGGAAAAUCACAUCCAAUCCUGUCCACUAGGAAGGUUUCCAUGUCCCCAGUAUUUACAGUAUCUAACUAGCUAACUGCAUCAUCAACAUCAAUAUGUUUCCAUAUUACAUUUUUUAUAUGUGCUGUGUAACAACAAAAGCAGCUAUUAAAUAUCUUCAAACGAUUUAAGAACAUAUUUGUAGCGUUAAGGGUGGAGUCAGAGAAAAUAUCAAGGUUAGUCAUUCGGUUCCUUAGGUUUCGCAUUAGGCUAAUAAGGGAAGUUGUUUCACCUUAAAAACCAUGUUAAUUAGGAUGAGUAAAGAGGUUUUACGGCACUCAAUAACAAUAGAGAUCAUGCCAUACCUAAUAUUAGGAUGAUUUGAGAUAUAGAUAUAUAUCUAAUGAUGGUGUAGAAGUGAACUUAGUAACCCAGAUGAAGAUCCAGUGAAUUAUUAGCUUUUUCAAUUCCAAUAUUCUUCUGUCAUUGUUACUUCGUAUGUAGACUCAGACAAGUAUUUAUAAAAAUGUUGUUAGAUGGAUAUAGUAAAAACUAUAAAGUUUCAGUCACAUUAUACCGGUGACAAGGAAGAAUGUUUCACAAUUUUAGAGCAUUAUUUUCUAAGCCAACUAAGAAACACCAGCUCCCUCUCUUCCUAAAACCAUAGUUGCAUGAAGUGGGAGAGGGGAGACCAGGUAGCGACAGCCCUAUAGAAGAGUUUUAAGGUUGGGAGUGGGGCCGG